UUUUAGAUGAGCAAUGAACAAUCAACCUCGCGUACCCGCCCAAACUAUGUGCCGUUAACCGAAGCUGAGCGCAACAAUGAAAAUGCGAUUUGGGUGACGCCCCACAUGGUUGCGAACGAUCAAGAAGUGUUGGACCAAAUCAAACUCAUAAUCGGAGGACACUUUCUUGGGAACUGGGCAGCAUACACAGAAGUUGACCCCAAGGUUCGUGAACUUUGGUGGAACCUUUUCAAGGGUUGGUUUCGAUGGACUGAAGCCCAAGGUCCCGCUAUUCUUAGAGCGUAUAACUCUAGGAUUUCAAACUGGCUUCGUCCUACUUUUAAGCGUGCCCGAAGGAGCGGG